CAUCGGAAAAGACUACAAAUUGCAGGUGCAUUUAGUCUUUAGUUCCAUGAAAAUGUAGUGUUGAAGUCUUUUAACUAGACCAACGUCUAAAAUUCACCUUAAAACAUACAUCAUUAUCAUUUUGCUUUAAUUUCCCAUUUUUGGACUAACGGGACUUAUUCAAAUUUUUAUUUGUGAUGCUGCAUGACUUUAACAGAUAGAGUAUUUACGUUUACACUUUUACUGAAAUUUCAAAUAGCAAAAUGAAUCGCCCAAUAUUUCCAGUAUUUCUAACCCUUCUUUUAAUUGUUUCUUCUUCUUCUGAACAUAAGGUUUCUCCCAGGUCAGACGUUAUAGUCGAAGGGAUAACUGCUUAUCCAUCCUGGUAUAUUAGCGAGCCAACCAGCAGUACGACACAGACUCCGACUUUAUAUCGAAUCGAUGGGGCCUUGUACCCAGCCGCCCUUAUCGGUCCGGUCACCCACGGCCCGGAUCCAGAAUACACCAAGGAUACAACCCUUCGACUCAAUGGCCAGGUCUACAACAUUAAAGAAUCCGGUCGACUCGGUCGUGGUGAUUCAUACCUACCAGGAAAUGGUGGUGAUGAUGGUGGCUUAUCGGAUGGCGAUGACGACACAACGCCUGUCCCAGUUCAAGGUGCCAUAGAUUAUGUCCUCCUCCCACUCAUCUUUCUCGCCAUUGCUGGACCAAUGUUCGUCAUCGUAUUCAUCGUAAUGGCCUCCGUUGAGUACAAAUUAGCCCCAAAUGUGCAGUUGAGAGAGGAGCGAUCCCUCAACAACCGGAAACACACUUAUUUCAACCUCCAGACGCUGUAUACAGAGGGGGCGAAACCGUUCAUGGAGCUCGUGGGGCGUGCCUUUGAGGAUGAGAGUUGUCAGGAGCGGAUCGCUUGUGAGAUGGGGUCGUGGUCACGCGGCUUGAGGGAAAUGUCGCCUGGAUUGUUCGACUAUACGGAAGGAUUUAGCCGAAUGCUGGUUCCGUCACGUUUUUCAAAGAGUUAUGACGCCUACAUGACAUCCAUUCGGAAGGACGGGGGAUAUAACAAUUGUCUCAAUUUUAAUUUUACCUGCUUUACAAAAUAAAUUUUAUUAUUAUCACAUAAAGUA